AGGAGGCUUUGCAGUCUUCUCCCUUGGAGAAAAUGGGUUCUGCUGCGGUUGUCAUUUUGCUUUUAUUUUUGUUGGUGGUGUCGGUAGUCAGUGCUGUUAAGUUCCUUGUAACGGUUUGGCCGACAGAAGAGGCCGAAAGCCUUCAGGCGGUGGUUUAUAUGGGGGUCAGAAGCGCUGACGACGCGAGAUUUUACUACGGUCAAACGUAUCAAGAAGAGGAUUGCAGGUGGAGUUGGAGCCAGUCCCAGCAGUCAUCAAGUGAGGGAAGGGGGCGCUGUUCUCUGUGUGCCAUUUGUUUUGGCAUCAUGACAAAUGCUUCAGAUAUCCAGCGUCGUCAUUGCGCAGAAGAGUUUGAACCAAAAAGCGGAGUGACCUUCCUCCGCUCUCAGUCUGACAGGGGCAGCACAGAAGCCGCAAGACGCUCACAGCUCCCGCUCUCUGCCGCACCAGCCUCAGAAAUGAACAACAACUUAGUCGGAGAUGAAAUCGGGAAACUUUUUGUGGGUGGAUUGGACUGGAGUACAACACAAGAGAAGCUGUGUAACUACUUCUCACAAUAUGGGGAAGUCGUAGACUGUGUCAUCAUGAAGGAUAAAACCACAAAUCAGUCGCGAGGCUUCGGCUUUGUCAAAUUCAAAGACCCCAAUUGUGUACGAACAGUGCUAGAGACGAAGCCACAUAAUCUGGAUGGUAGAACUAUUGAUCCUAAGCCAUGCACUCCUAGGGGAAUGCAGCCCGAAAAGUCUCGAACCAAAGAGGGCUGGAAGGGCAGCAAAGCUGAUAGCAAUAAAUCAAAGAAGAUAUUUGUAGGUGGAAUCCCCCAUAACUGUGGCGAGCCUGAACUCAGGGACUAUUUCAAUAGAUUUGGAGUGGUCACAGAGGUGGUAAUGAUCUAUGAUGCGGAGAAGCAGAGGCCCCGAGGUUUUGGAUUUAUUACUUUCGAGGCCGAACAAUCAGUGGACCAGGCUGUCAACAUGCAUUUUCACGACAUCAUGGGCAAAAAAGUGGAAGUAAAGAAGGCUGAACCUCGUGACAGCAAGGCUCCUGGCCAGCUGGGCCCAGGCCACUGGGCACCCAGGGGCAUCUUGAGUGCAGCUAAUGGUUGGACAGCACAGCCUGCUCAGAGCUGGCAGCAGCCGUACGGGCCACAGGGAGUGUGGGUAUCGACUACAGGACAACCUAUAGAAGGCUAUGCUCCUUCACUGUCUGCAGGAAGAGGAGCACCAACGCAACCUCCAUCGCCUUUUAACGCCUUCCUGGUCACAGCCCCCGCUGGUGGCUUUGCUGCACCUCAGGGCUUCCCUCAACAGGGCUACAGCACAGCACCUCCAUUUGGUUACAGUUUUGGCACACCGCAGGCAGACCAGUUUGCUCCCCAAGUUCCUCCACCGCCAACCACUCCAGGAACUGCACCUCUGGGCUUUGCCCCUGCCACAACACCAACUCAGGACUUAAGCAAAGCUCCCACUGCACAGCCCGACUUCCCUUAUAGCCAGUAUGGCUUUGGUAACUACCCUCAGGACCCCUCUGCCUACGGACCAACGCGUCCUUCUCACAGUUAUGGUCAGGAUGAGCAGGGAGGAUAUAGUGCAGGGUACGGACAGGAGCUGACAGCCUUUGGCCAUAGCUUCGCAGACCCGAGCCAGCCAACAGCUUCCUAUGUGCCACCAACAGCACAACCCACCGCUGCCCCCCAAACAGCAGCCAAUGCUUUUGGCCGAGGGCAGAACCACAAUGUUCAGGGCUUUCAUCCAUAUCGACGUUGACUGCUGCUGUUGUCCUUGGGUGCUGUUAAAAAUGAAUAACUAAAACAAAACAAAAAAAAAGAAGUCAGGGAAAUUAUUGUUUUCACUGAUACAUAUUCUGGAGUUCUGGAUGGAUUGUGGGGAUGUUGAAUACAAAGUUUAUGAAAGAGAAACUAUUAUGAAAGAAGAAAC